AUGUGGAUUGGGAUCCCAAAUGAUAUAAUUACAAAAGCGACAGCGGAAUCAUUGACAUGGGCUAAGGCCCAGGAAAAACAAAAAACAGAGAUUCCACGAUUACAGACUCAAGUGGAAACCAUUUUAUCGGGUGACCGGUGUCAAGUGGAUGGAGCAUGGAAGGAGACAGAUUGUAGGGCUGGCCUGGGAUGGUAUCACUUCAAUCCAGCUACACAGAGUAAGCUGAUGGGCUCGUGUAAUCUGAGACGGGGAAUAUCUCCACUUCAGACUGAACUAGAGGCACUCCUUUGGGCGAUGCAGUGCAUGCUGCGGCAUAAAAAGUUAGUAACGGUAUUCGAGACGGACUGUUCCGACGUGGUGAAGAUGGUGUCUAAACCAGAGGAGUGGCCGGCGUUUGCAAUACUUCUUGAUGAGGUCGACAAAUGCAAGAUGGGGUUCACCUCAUUUUCAAUUGUCCACAUACCCAGGAUGAACAACACGAAGGCAGACAAGCUAGCACGAAGUGCUCGAGCUCUACCUACUGAUGUGUACUAUUUGCUUUUGAAGAAUGCAGCUGAAUUACAGUACGAGAAAUGCAGCUGA